ACACAUGUCUCAAGUAUAAGAUAAAAGACCCCCUGUCCCUGAUUCCCUGAAAGGCAACAGAGAGCAGUAGAAGGAAGAGAAACCAAAGAAACGAGAUCGUCGUCGUCGUCGUCGUCGUCGAUGGGAGUGGAGAAGCAACUGUUGAGGCCCGGAACCGGUCCCAAGCCUGUUCCCGGUCAGAACGUGACUGUUCACUGCACUGGUUUCGGGAAAAACGGUGACCUUUCUCAACAGUUUUGGAGCACAAAGGAUCCUGGCCAGAAACCUUUCACUUUCAAAAUCGGCCAAGGUUCUGUUAUCAAAGGAUGGGAUGAAGGUGUGUUAGGCAUGCAAGUUGGUGAAGUUGCUCGUCUUCGGUGCUCCCCUGAUUAUGCUUAUGGUGCUGGUGGCUUUCCUGCUUGGGGAAUACAACCAAACUCUGUCCUGGAUUUUGAAAUUGAAGUCUUAAAUGCGCAAUGAAAACCUUGUUAGCCUGUCUAAUGAAUAAGGAUUAUGAUGAGUAUCCUCCAUUUACAUGGACAUGUACUAUUGUAUCCCCACUUUGUGAGUGGUAUCUAUAAUGGCUACUUAGUUGAGUUGUUUAACUGAAAUACUAAAUAACACUUCAGUGAUCUCAAUCAAACUAAUAUUAGAUUGGUAGCCUUCA